AUGGGUGGUGUCCCACUGAACACCUUCAAACAGAUUAAGGAAGGUCUCAAAUCGAUCUUCAAGAGGAAGAAGAAGGGUGAUAAGACCAAGACCGGCACUGCGGAACAACCGCAGGAUACAUCUGCAGAGACCGCCGCUCCUGGUGCUGAGGGUACCACCGAGUCUAGCACUACCACCCAGGAGGCGCCAGCUCCGGCCCCAGAAUCCCAUGGUAUAUCCCAGCCAGCUCCCACGGCAGCGGCUGCGCCAGGUUCAGAGGCCUCUGGCAUCUCCCCAGGCACCUCAAUACCAGAGCAAGGGACACACCAUCAUGAAGCACCUGCCCCGGUACCCUUGCCGCAAAUCCCACCUAUAGAGACAACGACGGAAUCUACUCCCGCUGCUCCCUCCGAGUCAGUCGCCGGCCCCGCUGAGCCCGCGAAACCCGAGGCUAAAUAA